CACGUCUGCGGGCUAUAAAAGCGGAACACCACAACAUAUUGCUUCGUUAGUGUCACAAGCCCUCAGGAGAAGCGUGCCACGUGUUGUUAAGAAGCUGAACCAUGAAGCAGGAACGGUGUGGUUCUGCGGCCUUUGCUUGCUGUAUUGUGCUGGCACUCGGAAGUCUUGAGGAGAUCGCUGCCAAACGGUACUGCGGCGGUGAGCUAUGGUCAGUGAUGAACUUCCUUUGCCAGGAGUUUCCGUCGUUGCAUGAUCGCCACAAGAAGACGGAAAUCUACUUCCGGCACCUGAUUGGCGAUGAGUCACAAACAAACGGCGAUAAUGAGCUGCAUUUCGGCGUGGUUCCUUUCGAGAGCCGGUCAUUUGCCGACUGGGCGCCGCAUUGGGUGCAACGAAAUCCUAGUGCUUACGACCCGAGCGAAGGCGAUCGCAUCGUUCCGAUCCGAUUCCGCCGGCAGCACUUUGGCAUUAUAGAGGAGUGCUGCAAAACGGACUGUACCAUGUCACAGCUGAUAUCUUACUGCAAGGUAGUGUCGCCUUCCGUCAAGGCAGUGGUCACGAUGUGAUGUGACCGACAACGACUU